AUGGAGAAAGAUAUUCCGUCCCAUUACCAUGGAAACAAGAUCAUGAACAGAUACCGGACAAUUUCCACAACAGCCGAAAUCGGUGAGCCGCCACCGCCGCCAGGUCAAGUCCAUUACUUGCCCCAUCAUUACGUCUUUAAUGAAGAUAAGUCCACAACCAAGGUACGCAUUGUUUACGAUGCUUCUUCAAAUUCUCAGUCACUCAACGAUUGCUUGGAAAAGGGUUCUUCUCUUCUUCCUCUACUUAUGGACAUCCUCAUCCGUUUUGGGACCAACAAGGUUGCGGUAGCAAGCGACAUUAAACAAGCAUUUUUAAAUGUGACGAUCAGCACACCUGAUCGUGACUUCUUACGCUUUCUAUGGUUUGACGAAAUAACAAAAGAAAAUCCUCAACUCAUGAUAUACCGAUACACUCGUGUAAUCUUUGGAAUGAACGCUUCACAGUUCCUUUCAGCUGCAUCAAUUAUAAAGCACUUGGAGAAAUACCAAUGUGCCGACACUGACUUUGAGCUAUCUUUCUUAUAA